UUUGCAGCUGAACAUCAUCUCAGCCCAGCGGAGGAGGACUAGGAGGCGAGUARGAUGAUAAUCCGGCGUAUCCUCACUCACGGGACUCUGUGGCGGGUGGCAGCAACGCGCCCGGUCACUGCCGCGGCCUUUGAGGGCGCCGUGAUGAUGCAGUGCUGCGCUCUCCGCCUGGCGCCGCUGCAGCCCGACAGCCGGCGGUGGCUCUCAGCGUCGGCCCUCAGCAGAGCGGCGCAUCAACCCAAGCAGCAGCCCCCGCAGGACGGACCCCAGUCCAGCUCCACRCCUCCACUUCAGGACGUCCAGAGGGGAGAAAGUGGGCCUGAUCCUGCAGAGGUGGACCCCCUGCAGGACAAGUCCAUCGGCUUGUUCCAAAGGUUCAAGAAAACCUUUAAACAGUACGGAAAGGUGAUGAUCCCCGUCCACCURCUGACAUCCACCAUUUGGUUUGGUACCUUCUACUAUGCUGCUACGAAGGGUGUGAAUGUGGUGCCAUUCUUGGAGAUGAUUGGUCUACCGGAGUCUGUGGUCGGCCUUCUGAGAAACUCAUCAAGUGGGUACGCUCUGACUGCGUACGCCAUGUAUAAGAUUGCAACUCCUGCCAGAUACACGGUGACUCUAGGUGGGACGUCACUCUCUGUCCAGUAUCUCCGCAAGCACGGCUACUUCUCCACUCCCCCACCAGUCACAGAGUACAUCCAGGACAAAAUGGAGGAGACGAAGGGGAAGCUGACGGAGAAGAUGGAGGAGACGAGGGACAGGUUCACAGAGAAAAUGGAGGAGACAAAGGGACGCAUCUCUGGGAAAAUGGGAGAGACUAAAGACAAACUUUCUGAGAAGCUGCAGGAAACUAAAGACAGAGUCUCGGAGGGAAAAGCCUUUUUCAGAAAGAAGAGCGAAUAACGACUCACUCUUCACGUAGCUCUGGUAGAUAAAUGAUCUGUGUUUGGAAUCGAUGAGUAGGGGACAAAGAUGGAGAACUGAGACAUGUGUCCGUUUUUCCCUCCAGUCAUCACUUUAAAUAUCAGAUCAGUCCCUAAUUGUCUCCCACAAUGCACUGCAGAUGUAGACUAACAGCUUAGCAGACUGUUGGCAGUUCUACUUCAUGUUGUCUCAGACUGGAUUUACAGAUUCAAACAAGCUGGAUGUAGCUCCUGAUUGGCUGAACAGCAGCUCUGUUUUUAUUUUAUUUUUUUUUUCACUUUAACACUUGAGAGACGUCAAAGAUCCUGAAGCACAGAAGCGGAAAGAGAGCCACACUAACCCUUCUGCUUGUAUGGAAAAUAAAACUUGAAACUCCUCGUUCUCCUUGCAGUCAGUCCAUUAAAGCCUUUUUGAAGGCUGGAGAUUUCACCUGGUGUCCUUCAGUCUGUGAUAAAACAGUUUCACUUUUUAAAGUUCCUUUUUUCCUCUCUGACAGCCAAAGCUAAUUUAUCACAAUGUUAGAGGUGUUUACACGAUGUAACACAUUGACUGAAAGUUGUGUUAAGUGAUUAAAUCAGAUGAUCUUUUGAAAGUUUAACUGAACAGAAA